AUGGCCUCGAAAACGCAGCCCGCAGGCGCCACCACCAAAUUGUCCCAGCACGAGAUCAUUCCGCACAAGACCGAUGUCGGGGCCUUGGCCAACCGCAUCAAUAUGGAAACGCGCGCGCUCCACAACAAAAUCGACCGGCUAGUCACGCUCAAAUUCGCCAUUGCCUUGCGCAACCACAAAGUGUACCGCCAGGGCUUGCAGAGCUUUUACCAUGUUUUCGCCACGGUAGAGGACUGUCUCUAUGCCGAAAUGGAGCGGCCCGGCAGCCCGUGGAGCGAGACCUUGCGCAAGGUAUGGAAGCCGGAAAUGGCGCGCACGGCCCGGGGCCAGCAGGACUUGAUGUUCUACUAUGACGACGACCAGUCGAAGUUCAUGGCGCCCAUGAUGCCCGCGCAGAUCGAGUUCGUCAGCCACAUCCGCGCCGUGGUGGCCGACAAGCCGUACCUCUUGUUGGCGUACUUGCACGUGAUGUACUUGGCGCUUUUCGCCGGCGGCCGUGUCAUGAGGUCGUCCGUGAGCCGGGCCACGGGGCUCUUCCCGCAGAAGGACGGCUUGAAGCACGAGCAGAUCGUCAAGUUGGGCACCAACUUCUUCCUGUUUGACGUGCCGGACGAGGAGAACUUCCGCCUCUUGUACAAGCGGGACUACGAGUUGCUGACGCGCAACUUCUUGAACGAGCAGCAGAAAACGGACAUCAUUGCGGAGUCCAUGUACAUUUUCGAGCAGAACGCCCGGUGCGUCAACGAGUUGCAGGAGCACAACUUGGCCAAGAUCCUGCACACCUGGCAGUACUUUGUGUGGCAGAGAGGCGGCACGGCAGCCGUAAUGCUUGUGGUGCUUCUUGCCGUGUACUACAUGGUCCGCUUCGGCCGCUGGCUCGGCGCUUAG